GGCCCGGGCGGGGAGGCGGAGCGGGGCGGUGGCCACAGCUCGGGCCCGCCGCGCAAGAUGGCGGCGGCGGAGGCGGUGGUGCGGCGGUUGUGGCGGCAGGAGCAGGAGCUGCGCUGGCUGGCGGCGGAGGUCGGCCGCCUGAAGGAGAAGGGGGCGCCGCUCUCGGCCGCCAGCUGCAGCCCCGAGGUGCAGCGGCUGAGGGCCGAGAACGAGAAGCUGCGAUACCGCCUCCUGCACCUGCGCCGCAGCCUGGCGGCCGAGCUGGCCAGGGCAGCGCCGGCGGAGCCCCCAGCCGGAGGCGAGAAAGGCUCUAGUGAAAGUCCAAGUGUUGAAUUGAAUCAAAAUAAAGAGGAAAAGGAAAAUGAAGUCAGUGGACACAGGAGUGAUCAUGAGCCAAGCUUCAUAGAAGACAGACUGAAGCUUUAUGAAGCACUGAAGAAAGAACAUGAUGCUUUGCUAGCUUACAGAGCAGCCAACCAGAGCAAACCUAUCAAAAUUAUUCUGACAGAUGGAAAGACAGUGGAAGGGGAAUCAUGGAAAACCACACCAUAUCAAUUAGCUGUAGGAAUCAGUCAAGGGUUGGCUUCAAAUGCAGUCAUAGCCAAAGUGAAUGGUGAACUGUGGGACCUGGAUCGUCCACUGGAGGGAAAUUGUACUCUGGAGCUGCUUAUGUUUGAUGAUGAAGAAGCACAAGCUGUUUAUUGGCAUUCAAGUGCUCAUAUUCUUGGAGAGGCCAUGGAAGGUUAUUAUGGGGGCUGCUUGUGCUACGGACCACCAAUUGAGAAUGGAUUUUACUAUGACAUGUACAUUGAAGAUAGAGGUGUAUCCAGUACUGAAUUCCCAGCACUAGAGAACUGCUGCAAAAAUAUCAUAAAAGAGAAACAGGCUUUUGAAAGGCUGGAAGUCAAAAAGGAGAUCCUAUUAGACAUGUUUAAGUAUAACAAGUUUAAGUGUCGUAUACUUAAUGAGAAGGUGAACACACCAACUACCACAAUAUACAGAUGUGGUCCACUGAUCGAUCUCUGCAGGGGUCCACAUGUGAGACACACUGGAAAAAUUAAGGCCCUUAAAAUAUUUAAGAAUUCCUCUACAUAUUGGGAGGGAAAAGCUGACAUGGAAACUCUGCAGAGAAUCUAUGGAAUAUCCUUCCCUGAUAAUAAAAUGAUGAAGGAAUGGGAAAAAUUCCAAGAAGAAGCUAGAAACCGGGAUCAUAGGAAAAUUGGAAAGGACCAAGAACUCUUCUUCUUUCAUGAUUUGAGUCCUGGAAGCUGCUUUUUCCUCCCCAGGGGUGCCUUUCUUUAUAACACACUCACAGAUUUCAUACGAGAGGAAUAUCGUAGGCGUAAUUUUACUGAAGUUGUAUCUCCAAAUAUCUUCAACAGUAAACUCUGGGAAGCUUCUGGGCACUGGCAGCACUACAGUGAAAAUAUGUUCUCUUUUGAGAUAGAGAAGGAAACUUUUGCCCUUAAACCGAUGAACUGUCCAGGACAUUGCUUGAUGUUUGCCCAUCGCCCACGGUCGUGGAGGGAAAUGCCUCUUAGACUUGCAGACUUCGGAGUUCUUCACCGAAAUGAACUCUCUGGGACUUUAAGUGGCUUGACUCGUGUAAGGCGCUUCCAACAAGAUGAUGCUCACAUCUUUUGCACAAUAGAACAGAUUGAAGAGGAAAUUAAGGGCUGUCUUGAUUUCUUGAAGUCAGUUUAUGCUGUCUUUGGCUUUACCUUUCAACUGCAUCUUUCAACAAGACCAGAAAAAUAUCUAGGAGAUUUAGAGAUUUGGGAUCAUGCUGAAAAGCAACUUCAAAACAGCUUGAAUAACUUUGCAGCACCGUGGACGUUGAAUCCAGGAGAUGGAGCAUUUUAUGGUCCUAAGAUUGAUAUUAAAAUUAAAGAUGCUAUUGGCAGAUACCAUCAAUGCGCUACUAUCCAACUUGACUUCCAACUACCCAUUCGAUUUAAUCUUACUUACGUUGGUAAAGAUGGCGACGAUAAGAAAAGACCAGUGAUUAUUCACAGAGCUAUUCUGGGAUCUGUGGAGAGAAUGAUAGCUAUUCUAGCAGAAAAUUAUGGAGGAAAAUGGCCAUUCUGGCUGUCUCCACGGCAGGUCAUGGUUGUGCCUGUGGGACCUACUUCUGAGGAGUAUGCACGGCAGGUGUGCAGUGAGUUUUUUGAAGCAGGAUUUAUGUCAGAUGUGGAUCUAGAUCAGAGCUGCACGUUAAACAAGAAAAUUAGAAAUGCACAGCUGGCUCAAUAUAACUUUAUCUUAGCAGGAUCUUUGAUGACCACGAAGCAUUUACAGCCCCAAUCUACAUUUGCAAAAAGUCUUACUUCAACAAGUACAAAUACUCCCAAUUUUAAGACAAUAGAAAGUACAGAAAUUCCAUCUUAUGUGACUAAAUGUCCUAGUAACGGACUUUGCAGUAGAUUGCCACCAGACUGUAUGACGUGUAACACAAACUAUUCUUGUGUAUAUGGGAAGCCAGCCACUUUUGAUUGCAAAGUCAAGCCACAUGUUCAUUGUGUUGAUCAGAAUAACCAUGAGCAGGAGAACUUUACAAUUAACAUGACGUGCCAGUUUUGCUGGCAGCUUGCAACAACGGAUUAUGUAUGUACCAAUUCUACAAACUGCAUGACAGUUUCUUGUCCACGACAGCGAUACAAUGCCACUUGUACAGUGCGGGAUCACAUUCAUUGUUUAGGUAAUCGAGUCUUUCCAAAGAUGCUCUAUUGCAACUGGACUGGAGGUUAUAAGUGGUCUACUGCCUUGGCGCUAAGCAUCACCCUUGGUGGAUUUGGAGCAGAUCGUUUCUAUUUGGGCCAGUGGCGGGAAGGUCUGGGAAAACUCUUCAGCUUUGGCGGACUUGGAAUAUGGACACUAAUUGAUGUGCUACUCAUUGGUGUGGGCUAUGUGGGACCUGCAGAUGGUUCUCUUUAUAUUUAAAUGUAGAUGCAACAUAUUUCAGAGAGGAGUAAUUGUGUGGAAAAGGCUCUAAGGAGAAGAACGUAGAAAUUUGAGCCGUUGAGUUAGAACAAAGAACAGCUGUUCUUUUUAUGUGCAUAUAUUUUAAUGUACAGUAUCUGUACUUAGUUUGCCUUUAACUAAGGUAAAAUAAAAGAGUGGAUCACUAAGUUGACAUUCAUUUCCUUUCUUUUAUGGACAUGCUAUUUUUCUAUGAAAAAAGUUGAACAGCUAGCUGGAUUCUGCACUGUUGAGCUUGGAUGGUCUGUCAAGCAUCAAACAGAUGUAAGCUACCUUGAAUAUUGAGUUGUUUACUUCAUAUUGUAUCUCUGAGUUUAACUUUAACUUACUUAAACAUGUUAGUAAUAUUUUUUUUUUGUAUUUGUGGAAGGAUAAUUUCUUUGCCUGAGGUACUCUAGCAGUAUGUAGAGCACCAUGUUCUGUGAUCUUAAUUACGUUUAUCUCUGUUUUGGGGCAUAGCAAGACAUUUGCUUAGUGACUUGUUGACUGAAAACUGCAGGGUUAUAGGAUUAGAUUGCGCUAACACUAAAAUCUAAAUAUGAAAUGAAAUACCUUUUAGGAUUAUGCCAGGAUGUCUGUAUUUAGCUUGGGUUCGAGUGAAAGGUACAUUUAUUCUUGUGCUAGCAAACUUGCAAGUUAAUUACAAAAAAAAUUAAGGAGAGGGGGUGGGGAAUAUAACCAAUAUAAUCCAGUUCAGACUCGUAGCGCUGCGUUUGGGGACGAAGUACCACGGUCAGGGCAGGGGCCGGGCCGAGUGCAGCGGGUGCUCCCGCCCGUCCCGGCGCCCCUCCGCCGCCGCUUGUCGCUUCUCUCGAAUAAAGUGCAGCUGUACCGGCA